GGGUGGGUCAUCGUUUCGCUGAUUUCAUCGUCAAGGUUGUGACGGGCAGCAUCAUGCCUUGCUUCGGGAUCGUUUACGUGUACUUGGUGCAGAGUGGUUACACCAACGCGCAAGUUGCCAUCGCUCCAGCUAUCAUGAAUGCAUUGACUAACCUCCUAGCUCCUUUCAGCACGGCUCUCUCCAGGUAUUACAGCCACCGACGACUGGUGUGUUUGGGAAUCGCCCUGGUGGCAGCCGGUCUUUUCAUCUGUUCCUUCAGCAACCACAUAAUACUCUUUUAUGUAUCUUAUGGAGUUGUCAUAGGGACUGGCACAGCACUGCUUUCGCCUCAAGGAUUUCUCACAUCUCAGAAGUAUUUCACCAGCAAACGCGUCACCGCCCAUAGUCUGUCCAUGCUUGGGACCUCUAUAGGUUUCAUGACAGUUCCUAUUCUUCUGAAUCAUUUUGUUCAGGAAUAUUCUCACAGAGGCUCCUUUAUUUUAUGGUCUGGUAUUGUGCUUCACGGCUUUAUUGGAGCAUCUUUGCUCCAUCCAGUGGAAUGGCAUAUGAAGCCGAACAAGACAAUACCUUUAAAAGUACUCACCAGUAGGAACACAGCUCCAGACAUGGACGGCCAAAGGUGCACUAAGUAUGAUAGACAACAGAGGAACUCUCUCAGGAGUUCUGUGAAUGAUGAUAGCAAUGAGGACUUAUCUGUUUGUGGAGACGAAUCUGAUCUGCCAGCACUUGAAAAGCCUGGAAGCGUGGGCGAUUUGUUAAGUAGAAGCAUUAGAAGGAAGAGUGGAAGAUCCAGCAGCCUCAACAAUGCGCUCCAAAUCUUUGGCUCAUCCAGCAUUGUUGAUGCUUUCGGAAGUUCAAACUCAGCGCAGAUGGAAGCAGGAAACGUGGAACUCCAAGAUGCUGGAAGCGUUUGCUGUGGUAUGACUGUGCCGCAGUUCAGUGAGAUCUUCAACUUCACCCUUCUCAAGAAUCCAGCAUUUCUCAUAUCGUCAUGUAGUAGUGUCAGCAACAGAAUGGUGUACAUGUGCUUCGUGACCUACCUUCCGUCGAUAUCUCAGGAUCUGGGCCUGAAUAGGGACACGCCUUAUCUCAUGAUGUGCAUCGCGGUAUUCGAACUCAUUGCUAAGGUUACCACAUCAAUCAUAAGUGACAGGUGCUUCACGCCGAGACGAUAUUUCAUCAUCUUUGCCGCCACGGGAGCAUGUAUCAGCUGUUUGUCCGUGACCUUCUCGCAGGACUUCUGGAGCCUCGCCCUCUGCUGCUGCGGGUACGGGUUCUGUGUGGGGAUCAUGAUGUGCAUCGGCCCCGUCCUCUUGGUCGAGUACUUGGGCCUGGAACUCCUGCCCUACUCGUACGGCCUCCUGCUCUUCAUGAACGGCUUUUCAGGACUCCUCAUCUUCACUGUGACUGGGUUGCUGAAUGACAUGGCAGGCAGUUACGUCACCACGUACAUAGGGCUGAGCUUCUUGUCAUUGGUUCCUGCUGUCUCGUGGAGCUCUAUCAAUCUCUGUUACAAUGCCCUCGAUUCAGACCACUCUUAAAUUCUAGAGGAGUGAUCUCAUUCCAUUGUGCAAGUGUAAACAAUGGCUUGUUACCUGUCAGUAGUCUGGUAGAGUGGUUAUGAUAAGACUAUAAUAAUACUGCUCCAGUCACCUGGAAUGGUUGAACCAAGAGGCCUUUACCCUUGAAAUGCAGUUUUGCCACAACUUUGAGAAAGUCCAGCUUUCAUUGCCAAUUUUAUUUAAGUCAGUUACAAUAAGGGUAGACAUACUGAUAGGAUAAGGGCCCAAAUUUUAGCACUGUGGACAGAAACAUGACACAGUAUCAUCUCACCUUCCAUUCUAUUCUAGGCAUCAAUGAUCCUGGUAGUACGCCAGACAAUUAUUAAUUAUUAUUCAUUCAUUCAUUCCAUUCCGUUCUUAAUUUGACUAGUUGUGGCAUCACUAUGAGCCAAGAAGCAACCCCAGUUGGAAAAGCAACAAGCUACCCCCAGGGGUUCUGGUAGCAACCCAGCAAGGGAAAGAAAAAUAGUAGAGAAGAAUAGAGACUGUAAGGGGAAAAAACCCAGAAAACCAAGGACAAAACAUCUAGAUUAUGAAAUGUAACCCCGAGUCUGCUUGACAACAAAGCAUUCGGAUACAGUUUGAAUGUCUGAAGCUCCAACAAUCCUACGGCAUGAUUAAGAUGGAAUGAAACUGCCGGAAAAAAGAGAGGUGGCGAACUGUAAACAAGAAAAGAUAAACCUAUUAAAAUUAACAGCAUGUUUGGUACUACAGGUGGAUGAUACACUUUCAGUUUGAAGCCUUUUCUGUAUUCUAUGGUAAGAGGAAUAACCGCUACAGGAAAUGAAGAAUGAUUAGGAAGUAUUAUCAUUUUUAUAUUAGACAUUAAAAUACCUGUCUUAAUUUCUAUUGCAGCUGAUAUCUGAGCGCAAGACGUUGCCGUCUCAAUUAAAGAAAACGGAGUUUUGAGGGAGAGAGAGAGGCAGAGAGCUUGAAUGUUGUUGGGUUUGAAGAUUCCAAUUGGGCUUCGCAAAUCCUAUUGUAGAUUCACAUCAUCCAUGCAUUUGAUGUUUAGGCCAUUUCCUUACGACGCUCCUGAUUGGCUGUUGAUAAGCCAAACACAGGGCUGGAAAUUGUUAGCCUCGCUCGAGAGUUCACAGAAGCAGGAUGUAUGUUCCGACUGCUUUCAAAAAUUAUAACUUUCACUAUACCUCAGUUUUACCUGCAAAAAAGGAGUGUUUCCAAAAGUUCUAGACAGAUGAUUUUACCAUAACCUCUGAGUGAACAAGCGCUAUGGUCAACAUAGUCAACAUUUUUAUUCCAUAGGGACGUUUCGGCUCCAACACGUUAAACCAUUCUCGACCUAAAAUAGAGGCUAAACGCUAAAACAUAAAAUUUUAUAUCUGUAAAGUACAAAACAAAUGAAGGUCACACUCGAGAAAAAUAAAAAUGUUGACUACAGAACUUGUUUGGCUGUUCCAGAUGAGGAUCAGAGUCUCUACGAAUCCUUCUCUAGCAAUUACUCUAUGUAGAUAAUGAUGCUAUUCUUCUUUUAAUAAUUCUUGCCAGUUGCUCAGUGACAACUGUAAUUGAAUCCUCCUCUUUGAGUCAUCAGUUGGAUGGAGAUGCCGAGUGCUGGAAUCCUGUAAUGCCAUUGCUUUGUCUGAAGUGGUACUGCCAUAUAAUUCCAACGAACAUGACAAUCUAUGGGUAUUUCGUUGCUUGCAUAACAGCCACUUGGCAACAAUUGCCCUCAUUGUUAAUAACUCCAUUUAAUUUCACCAAGUUCAUGUUGCUAAAUGCGCAGCCUACAUCAGUAUAUAAUUGUGGUAAGAAUACACGCAAAGAGGUAUAGGUAAGUAUAAUAUUCAACUGCGGACCAGCUAGUAUUAUUACUUCCACUGGAAAUCACUUGAUUAGGGGAACUUGCAUCCACUAUAAAAUAAACUUGCAAACUCAAUUGCAUUCAAAUUACCAGUCAUCAGUCACACUAAAAAGUAAAACAGCUGCAACCCAAGUAUUGUCGGGUAAGUGUUAGUGAAGUUGUUCUAUCAGUUCAAUGACAAACUGUAUGAGCCUCCCUUGCUUGUUGCUUUAAUCUGUAUGAAAAUAUAAUUGUUUUUCUUCUGCAAGUUUCUUUAUAAACUCAAAACUAAAGUAAUGGAUCGGAUUCAAGUAUUUUGAGUGCUUUGUAUGGCUUCAUUUUCGUCUCUGGGAGUCAUAUCUCCGAUUCCGAAGAAUCAGUCAAUGAAUCUGGGUCUCUUAGCAGUUUUUUAUGGGUCCUGCAUUGUUGUUUCAGAAGUAUUGUUGACAGCUUACCUUUCCAAGAAUUGUUUGAGAACUGAGAGAGUUAUGUGAUUUGUUUUAAUUGUCAUCAGGUACUGAAUAAAACAGAUCUGCCGUUUAA